AGCAAGUAAAAAGACACUGUGGUAACUUCUGGCUAAAACUAUAUCAACAAAAAAAGAGAGAAUACACCUGAUGCUAAGGGAUGCAGAGACGGAUGGGUUUAUUGUACCUGCAAAUACCCUGAAACAAACGUUUAUGAGAGUGAUGAUGUAGUUAAGGGCAAAGACAUUGUCAUACAAAGCAUUCAAGUGAAUGUGUGGCAAAACAACAGCAAGUAUUCUGUGUUCCAUGACAAAACUAAUAGAAUUAUCAGGAUCUUCAUCAAAGAAGUUGAAGGUGCCAACUUUGGGAAGUGCAUCUGACGAAACAUCUGAAGACACAUCAACAUCUGUCUCCAGUGAGGAGAUGGAAGAGAGUGUGCCUCCAAAUACAUCUACACCCUCUGUUACCCCAUCAACAUCACGUCAACCAGUUACUACAUCUUCCGUUGCAUCAACCACGUUCACUAAGAGAGACGGUGGCUCCAGGUUAACCAUCAUCAUUCCUGUGGUUGUCUCUGUGGCUUUACUGGUGCUUCUGCUUAUUUUGGUUCUUGGCUACAAACGAUCACAGCGUUCAAGCAACACAAGAAACAGAGAUCAGAACAACGAGGAUCGGGCCUAUGAGGAGAUACAAGAGCGCCCCCAGAAGCCCGGCUCAGGAACUGCACUUAAAACAAUCUAUGUCACUGCCAACGCUCCCACAAUCCUCUCUGCCUGGCAGGAUUACUCCACCGCCAACUUCCCCAACGGCUCCGCUGAAGCUGCUGGUGACACAUAUUCUACCGUGGAGGAGGACGGCAGAGUUCCCGCCUACUCAACUGUCAAUCAUCCAUCCAGACUUCCUGAAGACCCUUUCUACUCCACUGUCAACAACCCACAGCAGCUCUGAGACAAAUCCCCACAGUUUCCUCUUCAUUUUUUAUGGGAUGUUCUUUAAUUCAAACCAGGCCUCAGACUUCAGGACUCAUUACAUCGUUCACUUUGUUUGACUCAAGGUGAAGUCACGGGGCGUCUGCGCUGAUUCAAACCAAGUAACCAGUUCAAUACAACAUGUCAGACUAGCACCUGGAUAAGAACCAGAGAGCUGGAUCAACACCUCUGAUCAAUACUCAGAGUUCAGCCUCAGACGGAUGGAACUUAUAUAUUGUAUAGUUUACACCAUGUGAACUGUGUUAUGCAACAUCUAUUUGUUUCAUCAUUUAAAAACGUCCUUUUUUAUUAACAUGCAUUGUUUCAC